ACUGACCUUGUUUAGUAGACAAGGAGAGGUCACCUAAAGUUAGUUAUGCACCUUACUUGAUAAGAGGUGGUCUGUAUUUUCAGAGUGCCUCCACUUUAUUGGGAGACCCAGACUCUCUUUGUGUAUUCUGUGGAAGAGAUUAGGGUAGAAAAAUGGCUUUUCGGGGCCUCUUCAGAAAUCUCUUAAAUCUGAGAAAUAAUAUAUUUUCACAGAAAUGCAGUUCAGUGUGGAGGUUUGGUAACUUCACUCGAUUUGUACACCACAGACCUCUUGUGGUUUCCAUCGCCUCUCAAAGCAGAACUGCUUUGACUCGAUGGACACGUCGUUACUGUACCAAAAACUUUGUGGCUGAUCUGAGGCGUAGGGCAGCUCUGAGAUUUUUAGGCCCGAAUUUGGCCUCAAGAUUUUCAAAUGCACCUCGCUUUUCUCGCCCUGGUUACCUUCCUACAUUGGCUCUUGUAGGCUUCUCUUUUCUUAACAGGCAUCCUUAUAACAACAGUCCCCAGCAACUGGGCGAAAUUAUCUCGGAGUUAAAGACAUCGUAUGAGAAAGAAUCCCCUAAAACAGAUCCAUUGAAAGGAGUGAAUGUUCCAAAGAGCUAUUCAAACAUUGAAUUCUUGAAUUACAUUGCUAAAGGGUGUAAUGGAGCAGUAUUUUCUGCUAAAUGUCGUACAGAAGACAAUGAAAGUGAUAUUUCCAACUUGAGUGAGUCUCGUUUGGAUGAGAACCAAAACCAAGAUGGUGCUUGUAACCAAAACAGUCAGGAAAAUAAGGAACUUGUCAUCAAAUGCCUGUUUAAUUACUAUGUGGAAAGUAAUUAUAAUGAACUGAUAAAAAAGUUUUGGAAUGAAGCUGUUCCAAGUCUCCGUAUCAGUGGACAAGAUGAUAUAUCUGAUAGUGAUCUUGAGAAAAGCAGACUACCUCCACAUCCCAACAUCGUGACCAUAUACAAUGUAUUCCAUGGAAGUCUUCCUGACUUACCUGAAUCUGUUGAGAACUUUAAAUCUGCUCUGCCACAGAAUCUGUAUCCUGAGAGUUUCGGUCGAAGUAUGACACUAUGCCUGAUAAUGAAAAGAUACGAGAUGACAUUGAGUGAUUAUCUUCAAACAAAGAAUCCUUCUAUGCGAGUCAGAGUGAUGUUGUUCACACAACUCUUGGAAGGUAUUCGACACAUGAUUAAACACCAAGUGGCACACCGUGAUCUCAAACCAAAUAAUAUUCUCUUGGAAGAUGUUCCAUUGGACGAUUCUUCUGAUGUUUGUCCUCAUCUUGUUAUCUCGGAUUUUGGUUGUUGUUUUGCUGGAAAAUCUUCUGGAAUGAUGGUACCAUAUGAUUGUGCAAAGGAUGGGAAUGCUGUGUUCCAGGCUCCAGAGGUAUCUGAUGCGAAGUCUGAUAGACUGGUUGAUUGUUCUAAAGUUGAUCUUUGGGCAGCUGGAAUCUUGGCAUUUGAAAUCUUUGGCAUUAAGGAUUUGUUUGAUCUGAGAACAAAAGAAAGGGAAGAAUUUCCUGAUUUCAUCCCACCUGUGAUACAAAGAGUGAUUGAUGGCCUGAUGAUUAAAGACCCUACUCAGCGUCUUGAUGCCAUCACUGCCUGCAAUAUAUUAAACAUCUAUCUUUGGAACUCGUCCUGUGAUAUGAAGCAGCAACCAAAAUCCUUUUUACAACAAUUGGCAAAAAGUGAUGAACCAAAGGAUUCUCCAGUUAUCACCUUGAAGGAAAACUUUGUGAAACAUCUCAACAUCAAACUCUUAUUUGAUGCUAUAUCUUUUGUUUAUCCCAACUUCACCUCUCCUGUAGACCUGAGGGAAGUUGCUCAACAGUUUACAAAUUAUAACAGAGAAAAGCUUAUUGUGCCAGUUUAAUUUGGGAUCAGCUUGUGUGUGACAAUUGUACAAAGAAUUAAAUAAAUAUAGAAAAGAACGCAAACAACAACAAAAAAAAAAGAAUAUUUACUUUGAAGAGUUAAAUUUUCUUUAUAAUGCAUGAAAAUUAAUUAGAAAAUUCCAGUGGAUAUAAAAUGAACAGGUUAUCUUUGUUUCUUUUUUUUUUUAUAUCUUUGGUGUUUAUAUGAAGCAUAAUGGACAAGAAAAUAGGGUACCAAGGAAUCAAAAAACUACUUCAUGAAUUUAUAUAUCUAUUCUAAAUGUUUCAUUGUGUCCAUGAGAAAGAUUUCUAAUUCUUCAUACUUUCAGUUGAUCUUCAGUUGUAUGGAAAUAAGUGCCGGGUUUUUCGAGUGAAGUUGCCUGUGAGAGAUGAGCAACUUAUCAAGAAAGGAAGUUCUGUUUUGCUUCCGUUUAAUGCUACAUAAAACUUUUUUUUAAUGUUAAAAGUCAGAAUGAUGACUCAACAUUCUCUCAGGUGCUGUUCAUAUCUUCCUCCUUUGACAAUUCAUCUGAUGUCAAAAGGUCAAGUCAGUGGCUUGACCUUUUAGAGUUAUCAAUCAAUAAGGUAGCCAAUGCUUGAUCUAUAAAUGAGACCAGUGAUCCCAGUUCCUUUCUGCCUACAUCCACACAAAUUGAAUUCAGUUCUGCAUAAA